AGAGAGAGAGAGUAGAAACCGAAAAAUACAAAGUCAUCGGCUUGGGUGCAGAGCAAGCAGCACGGCUGCACUGUACAGGCAAAGGAACGGGCAAACAAACCAAAGCCCUUUUCCCCAUCCUCCUCCCCGCGACGCGACGGCUCACGCGCACACGCGAGAGAGAGAGAAAAAAAUCGAUCUGCUCGUCUAGCUCUCGCGGCGGUGGAUGAGCGGCGGCGGCCUCGUCGCUGCUGCGUCGUCCAGCCGGGGGCUCCAGACGACGCCGGGCAUGGCGGGCAUUGGGCGCGGCAGAUCGAGGCGCAGGGGGGAGGCCGGCGAAGGGUGGAUGGAGCGGAAUGCGGCGGCGGGCUCCACUUCCCCCGCCGCCGUCGAUCACCGAGGUACUGUUUUGAGGAAACAAACAAGUAAUCCUGGGAUGCUUUCUGAUUCUAUGGUGAGUGAUUUGCAUUUAGUAGAAGAGCUUGCUGCGGGAAACUGGCGAAGUAAAUCUAAGAAGGCUAGUGGUACACCAAUGAAAACACUUAUUGAUGAAGAAUUCUCGAAAGAUGUCAAUGCUAGGCACACUUCACCAGGUGUUGUAGGAAGACUAAUGGGUCUUGAUUCACUGCCUUCAUUUGGAGCCAAUAACCAACACAGAUAUGCCCAAAGUCAUGCAGAAAAGUCUUCACCUUGUUGCGCUCACGAGAGGCGUAGUUUUUCCGAAUAUAUUCCACAUCGGAGAAGCACAGAUGAGAUGCCAGAAGUCAAAGAUGUUUUUGAAGUUAUGGAGGCAACAAGAAUGAAAAUACACCGGAGCCCAAGAUCUAAAAAUGAAAAUGUAACUUCAACAUUUGGCAAGACUGGUAGUCCUGAUCUAGAUCAGAUGAGGCAAAAACUUAUGGAUGCAAAGCGCCUUUCUACUGAUGAAUCCCUUCAGAUAUCAGAAGAGCUCAGUGAAACACUUGACGUAUUGGCAUCCAAUAAAGAUCUUCUUUUGCAAUUUCUUCAAAAACUUGAUCCUAUAGUCAAAAGAGACCUACAUGAUCAUGAUUCUCCGUCCUCUACUGCAAAUUGCAUCACAAUAUUGAAACCAUCUAGAAGAAAUCAAUUUACUGACACAGACAAUAUCUAUUCACAAGAUAAAGGUGCUGAAAGCUACUUCUACAAGCAAAAGGAAGUUGAACACUCUCAGAGUAGGCCAUAUACUAAGUUGCCCAAUCAAUCCCCAAAAGAAGACUCUGGUUCACUAAGGCAGAAACUGUCAAGGUCAAGUCACCAGGAAAUCAGUGACAAGCGAGUUUGCUCCACACGGAUUGUUGUCCUGAAACCAAGUCUUGAUAAAGCUCAGGACAUUGAAGGAGCCUUCGCCUUAAGGAAUGAACUCUCUCGUUUUGAUUUUAGGAGGCACAAACCAUGUCAUGGUGAUGCUAUGUGGAGCCCAUGUACUGAAGAAUACAUAGGCCCCCUUAGAGAUUCUGAAACAUUCGAUGAUGUAGCGAAGGGAUCUAAAGAAAUUGCUAGAGGGGUUAUGAAACAAAUGAGAUCCGCUAGGGGUGUUGGAACCAGGAAACACAUUUUCAAACCAGAGACUAGCACAUUUGUUUCAGAUGAAAGGUCGCAACCUCUGUCAUCUCGUUCUAAUGUCAAGUCCUCUGAGGUAUUUCAUAGAUCCUCUGAGCUACAUGAUGGAUAUGCUUCUUCUAGCUUCACGUCCUCACCAUCAUAUUCAACAGAAACAAAAGUUAGCAGGGAAGCAAAGAAACACCUCUCUAACAGAUGGAAGGCCACCCACCGAUAUCAGCAUCAAGCAGACAAGAAUAAUGGAUUCAGCAUGCUUGGAGACAUGCUUGCUCUUUCUGACCAGGAAGCUUCAAAAGUUGCUACCCAGAAAAUAUCAAACAGGAAAUAUCCAAAGGGUGAAUCACAGAAAGAUAGAAUGACAAGCACAUGUAACUCUCCUCUUGGCAUCAGCAGCAAUGAUGGUUGGCGAGAUGUGGCUACAGGUAGUUUACCAAGGUCCAAAUCUCUUCCAACACCCUUCAAUCGGGGAGUUCAGAAGUCAAACAACAGAAAACGAACUGGCAGACAUAAUGAGUUCUCUAUGCUGAAAGAUGUUCUCAAAGUAGGACCCUAUGAUUCUGAACAUGCAUGCAACAGCAGGAAUAGAAAAUCUCUGUUUCAAGAUGCAACAUUUCAUAGCGAUGGAGCUGAUCGUGUCUCCUCAGAUAACGAGGAAAGAGCGAUAAUUGAACGCGAAAUACAUGUAAAUUCAGAGGAACCAAUAAAUGGUAUCGCCUUGGCCAAUUCAUCUAAAGGGACACUUCUACAUCCUUCAAAUCCUGACAAUGAGUUAGAUACAGUGUAUUACCUGGAUACCAGUCCUGUGGUUCCUGGACAGAAGAAAGAACUAUGUUCUCCUGAUAGGCAGAACCAGCAGAUACAUCAACAGUCACCAAUAGAAUCAGACGACCAUCUUCUUGUACCUAGACUCAACAUUUCUAUGACUCAGGCUGAGGGGAUCGAACAGCAUCAGUGUGAUGACAAUCCAGUGUGCAAUUUUGAGGAAAAAUCAGUAUCUGCCAUGAGGAUUGACGACCAUCAAAGUGAUGGCAAUCAAGUCCCAUGGAUGAUUCCCCAAACAGGAUCAGAAUCUCCAGUGAGCUCCGACAAAGAUGAUCAACAAAGUCCAGUUUCUGUUCUUGAAUCUUCCUUGGACGCUGAAGACAUUUAUUCUGGUGAUUUUGAGAAAAUUAGUGCUGAUCUUCAAGGACUGAGAAUGCAACUGCGACUUCUCAAGAUGGAAGCUACAGACAGCGCAGAUGACACUGAGCUAAUAUCAAGUGAUGAUGAGCUUACGACAGAAAGUCAGCCACUUCCAGAUAAGGAAAUAUCCCCUACUUUUAGGGAUGAAGAAGAAAGGGAUUUCUCUUACGUGCUGGAUAUGCUGAUUGUUUUGGGCAUUAAUACUGCUAACCGGGAUCAGCUACUAGACAUGUGCUACUUAUCAGAGUGCCCAGCUGGCUCUGAUGUGUUUGAUGUACUUGAAAACAAGUACAAUAGCCUCAUUCUGUGGCCGUCACCGGAGAGGAAGCUCCUGUUUGAUCUCACAAAUGAUGUCAUUGCAGAUAUAAUCACUUCUGUGAUGCAGCAUAGCUCAAAGGGGUUGUCGUGGAGCUGCUCGUCCAGAUUGGACCAGGAGGGAUUCGUUGAGGUGGUGUGGCAAAGGGUGGUCGAGCUUCGGCAAGAAAUGGAGUAUGCUCAUGAGGGCCUAUUCAUGGACUUGGGGUGGGUUGGUUCUGAAGAUGGCAUCGAUCUUGUUGCUAGUGAGGUCGGGAAAAUGGUACAUGAGGAUCUCCUUCAAGAAACCAUAUCUGAGUUUCUGGGGGUGACAAAAUCUGCUAUGAUCUGUGGCUGGAAUGAACCAUGAAUUGAUCGCUACAGCCAUUGAAGCAUACUGGUAGAAUCAGUGGUUGAUGCCUUGAUGCUUACUGGAAGCUGCCAUGAAUUGGUUAAAGAAAUCUCAAGAACAGAAGGUGAGAUUGUUGCAGCCUUUCGGUGUGCUGCGUUCCGGUUGGACCUGGUUGUAACUAUGGAUUUUAAUAACUGUGACCUCUGGAGUUGUCCCUCCAAACUAGAAAAAAGAGAGUACAUUUUCUGUGGCAUGAUGCCGGAGUAUAAAUUUUGGCAUGAACCAAUCGUAUAUGUGUUAAGUUUACCUGCAUGCCAAUAUUGCUUUUGUUA